GGGAGAGGGAGAGGGAGGGAGAGAGAGAGAGAGAGAGAGAUGCAAACUCUGAGGCAGUUGACACCAUAUGUAAAGGAGGCUCUGCAACAAACCCUCCGUGUGACCAAAUUCUUUUGCUUUCUUCAUGUUACAAACACGUACAUUUGCACUUUCGCCUGGGGUAUGGGUCCCAGCAUGCUCCCAACGAUCAAUCUCUACGGCAACUUGCUUUUGGCUGAAAGAAUCUCGACCCGUUUGGGGAAAGUUGGCCCGGGUGACGUGGUCCUGGUACGGAGCCCCGAAAACCCGAGACAGAUUGUGACCAAAAGAGUGAAGGGCGGGGAAGGUGACAGCGUUACUUACUUGGUGAAUCCUAAGAAUAGUGACGAAGAAAAGACUGUUAUUGUACCAAAGGGCCAUGUUUGGAUAGAGGGGGAUAAUAAAUAUAAUACGAAGGAUUCAAGGAAGUUUGGGCCAAUUCCCUAUGCUCUUCUACAAGGCAGAGUUUUCUGUGUGUUAUGGCCUCCCGAAGAUUUCAAAUCUAUAGGCAAGGAUAUUCAGUAAUUCGAGAUCCGUUGAUGAUCUACAUAGAUAUUUUGAAAUUGGGUGUCCAGAAGCAAGCAGUUUGAAGGUUUUGUUCUACUUGACCUGCAUAUGUUACUCAGAAAUGAGCAUCAAAUAUCUUAUGAAUCAUGUGGAUGCACUAUAGCAGGAAACGUUAAUUUUUUUUUCUUUCUUUCUUUAUCAUGCUCGUCUCGUCACUGUAUUGUCUUUACCGUGUUCUUCAAAAAACCCACGAGUAAAUAUUUAUUCUUGACUCUGUGAAAUGCUGGUUCAAGAAAUUUUAAUCCAUCUGUUUCUUAAUUAGUCUCCACUUGCUUGAUGUAAUGACUAAUCUAUGACAAAAAUAUCUUAUAAUAAAUCAUCAUAUCGCCCC